AUGUCAAAGGCGACGACCUCCUCGUCGGCCUUUGGCUUCGACGACGACGACGAGUGGCAGUCGAUGCCCGUCGAGUCGUCCGCCGCAGCGGAAGACUUCGUCAAGCCCGACAGCUACGCCAACCCCGGAGACCUCCCCUACGGCGACGAGGACGACGACUCCUCGGAUCCAGACGAUCCCCGCCGCUUCCAGUCGUGGCCCUCACGGUCCGCCAGGAGUGCAAGCGCCACGGCCUUAAAAGCGGGCUCCGCGACCACCCCCGGCAAGGCAAAGAAGGGCUGGAUACGGUCACGCUUUGCCUCGGGAUCGACCGCGUCCGCGUCGGCAGCCACAGCAUCUUCGUCGUCGGCAGGUCCCGCCAGCGGUCACCACCACCAGCGAGCCCAGUCGGCGGCCACGAACGCCACUGGACGACACCUCAACAUCGACGAUGCCCGAGGCUACGACUGGCGGUCCAAGCCCGCCGGCACCUCGUCUGACAGCGAUGACGACGACGGAGGCAAGGAAAAGGGCUACACGCAGCUCAGGCUCGACGAGGACGACGAGUCGGAGCAGCUGCACGCUGCGACCGAAUAUCUCUUCCAGGACGGCUCCGGAGGCAUCAACGGGCGUCACGACCCCUACGGCGAGGGGACGGCCGCCACCCCGCUCAACCAGAUGAAGACGACCAAGCAGCUGCUGUCCGAGGGGCAGAAGAUCGCCUACGUUGGCCUCUGCAGCCUCGCCGCCGCCGGGCUCGUGAGGAUGAUCACCCGAGUCCCAGGCAAGGAGCUCAACAGCGCCAAGGAAAGCAUCGAGAGCUGGAAGGUCAAGGUCAUGGCACGGCUCUACCAGCACAUGGACAUCGAAGCGAGCGAGCAAACGAUGAUCGAGUCGCUGGCGACGCACGGCGUGCUGCCGACCGAUCUGGCCCCUUCGCUCAUCACGACGCAGACGAUCCAGAACCCGGAGUUUGACCCGGAAGCGCUGCGGGAGCGGCAAGAAGACGAAAAGGAAGAAAAGGCGCGGCAGGAGCGGGAGGAUGCCUUCAAGAGGGACAGGGAGGAGGAGCGAGCUCAGGCGGAACAGCUGGUCAGCGGCAACGCCGCGUUGUCUGCAAGCGACGCUCCGUCGGCGCCACAAGAGCGCGGCGAGUCGGCGUCUCCGACGCAGGACGCCCCUCAGCAGGACAGCGAGCUCAGCGAGGAUCCCUCGCGGUACGAAGCAGACGUGGCCGAGGCCUCCGCGCCAGGCCCUGACGCACCUGUCAAGGAGUCGGAAGAGGACGGCGACAUCGGUGCGCCCGCUGGAAACGAUAUCGGACCCGACGUGCCCGAAGAGGCGGACCUCGGCGACCUUGGCGACGUUGGCACGUCGGACGAGCCCGCUGGCAAGCACGAUGCGCCCAAGUCGAAGCGGACUAUCCUGCCGGCGACCUCUCAGCUCGACGGCGACAUCGGCACGUCUGCUGACGCCGAUGCCGACGCCGAGGUCGAUCUUGGGGACAUCGGCAGGCCUUCGUCGACGACGGCAGCCAACGCCCAGGAUGGUGUCCCGGAGCCCAGUCCACCUUCAGGCGGUGCCGACGCCGAUGCAGGUCCGGCUACGCCCAAGGCAGGAGUUGCGCCGCUUCCGACGCCGAGGCCAGGCAGCAUCCCGGACGCGCCGGGCACCACCGCCACCGCGGACAAGCCCAUCCUGGCCGACCCCAACACGGCGUCGCAGCUCGGCAAUGCCAUCGACGCCAGCGCUGCCUUGCAGCCCGCCGCAGCCCGAGCACCCACGGCGAGCGAGGGCAAUACGACGACGCUGGGCCUGACCAAGCAGCCAGAGGCGCUGGAGCCGCCGCCCGGCGCGCUAGACGGCGUGACGACGUCGAUCAGCAGCGCCGACGAGACCAUCACGCUCGACCUCCGCUGGACGGUGUUGUGCGACCUCUUCCUCGUUCUGACGGCCGACAGCGUGUACGACGCGCGUUCGCGUACGCUGCUCGAGACGGUGGCCUCGUACCUGGGCCUCACCUGGAUGGACGUGACCAAGUUUGAGAAGCGCAUCACCGACGCGCUCGAGAUCGAGGAGGGCGUCGAGAGCCUCAAGGACACGGGCGCGCUCGACCGGCGCACGCAGAUGGCGCGCAAGAAGCGCAUCAUGAUGGUCGGCCUCGCCACCGUCGGCGGCGGUCUGGUCAUUGGUCUGUCGGCCGGCCUGCUGGCCCCCGUAAUCGGAGCGGGUGUGGGCGCAGCGCUGGGCGCCGUGGGCAUCGGCGGCACCUCGGGCUUCUUGGGCGGCGUGGGCGGCGCGGCGCUCAUCACCACCACGGGCACCGUCGGCGGCAUGAGCCUUGGCGGCCGCGGCAUGAGCCGCAGGACGCGCAGCGUCAAGACGUUUGAGUUCAAGUCGAUCCACAACAACAAGCGCGUCAACGCCAUUGUGACGGUGCCAGGCUUCAUGAGCGGCCCGCAAGACGACGUUCGGCUGCCGUUCAGCGUCAUCGACUCGAUCAUGGGCGACGUCUUUAGCGUCCUGUGGGAGCCCGACAUGAUGCAGGAGAUGGGCAAUGCGCUUGGCAUCCUCUGGAACGAGACGCUGGUCCAGGGGGUCCAGCAGGUGCUUGCCGCCACUGUGGCGGGCGCCAUGUUCAGCGCGCUCGCCUGGCCGCUCUGGCUGACCAAGCUGGGCUACCUCAUCGACAACCCGUGGUCCAAUGCGCUCGACCGAGCCAAGGCAGCGGGCUAUAUCCUUGCCGAUAUCCUCUCACGCCGCCAGCUCGGCGUGCGGCCCAUCACCUUGGUCGGCUACAGCCUCGGCGCCCGGGCCAUCUUCUACUGCCUCGUCGAGCUGGCUCGCCUCAAGGCGUAUGGCAUCGUCCAGAACGUCUACAUCAUGGGCGCCCCCGUGACGGCCAAGGACGAGGUGUGGAAGGAGGCCCGGAGCGUCGUGGCCGGUCGUUUCGUCAGUGCCUUUUCCCGCACCGACUGGAUUCUGGGCUACCUCCACCGCGCCGCCUCGGGUGGCCUGCGGAGCAUCGCCGGACUCCAUCCCGUCGAGCGGGUUCAGGAGAUCGAAAACGUCGACGUCACCCACGUCGUGCCUGGCCACCUCCAGUACCGCGCGCUGAUGCCGCUGGUGCUCAGCGAGCUCGGCUUCAAGACGACGGCCGACUACUUUGACGAGCCAGAGGACCUCACCAAGGUGCCCGAGCGCCAGGUCGUGCGUGAAGACAGCGAGUACGAGCUCAAGACGGUGCAGACGCAGUCGGGCGGCUUUGGCAAGAUCUGGAAGCGCAAGGGCAGGGGCGACGUCAGCGGCAGCAACUCGGGCACCGCCUCGCCGUCGCGCACGACGCCGGGCACCCCCGCAGGCGGCCGCACCUCGUACGAGUACGACGAGUACGACGACGACGACGACUUGCCCCCUCGGGAAGAGGCGUCGCCGCCGCCGCCGCCGCCGCCGCCGCCGCCAGCGUCCGCAAACAAGCCAGCAUCGCGCGGCGUCCACUUCGACACCGAUGCCAUCCUCGAGGAGCUCAGGGAGUCGGGCAUCGAGGUCAAGGAGCUCCAGAGCUCGCUGCCGCCCCUCGUCGCGUCGACCUCGCACACCGCCACGACGCCCAAAAAGAGCAGCACCAGCAGCAGCGCCAGCCUGGAGCUCCCGUCGCCGGCCUUUUCCAGCGAUCGCACGCCGUCGCCAUCGGCAGGCAAGGCCGCCAGCGAGAGCCGCUACCAACCCCCUGCGCCCUCGGCCUCAUCCUCUCGGCGCGGGUCGGGGGCGGACCAGGGAGCCGAUGCAGCGUCGCAGCUGGUCGGCGGCGCCUCGGCCUCCAGAGGCCCCGCGCCGUAUCCACGGAGCUUUUCGGCGUCGUCGUCGGGGCUCGCCUCGCCCUCGUACGCCGACUUUUCGUUGCCGGCCGCGCCUCCAUUGCCGGAUUCUGCGGGCGGCGGGGGCGUGUCGCUGUCGUUUGCGUCGUACGACGACGACGAGAUUGUAGCGCCGGCACCCGUGUCCGAGGAGCGUUCGCGCAGCUACGGCCUGUCGAGCGAGACGGCCCGAGAGCUCGAGGCCAAGUUUCGGGGCGCCGUGGGCCCAUCGCUGGCUUCGGCAUCCGGGCCGGACGGGAUCGCAGACGUGGCCGGCGGCGCAGGCCGAGGAGCGGGCGGCAGCAGCAACGGCUGGGGCUCGGUCCCGAUCGCGCCGUGGGAUCGCGACGUCUCUACGCCCGGCCUCGAGGCCGACGUCUUUGGAGGAGGGGGAGGUGGACCGGGGAGCAGUAUCGGAGCGGGACUUGGCGGCGGCGGCGGCGGCUUCGCAAGCACCCUGGCACCGCCGUCGCAGACGUUUGGUGCGGAUGCGUUCAAGGUCAAGCACAGUGGCGCCGCCCUCGACGAAUCCUUCCUCGCCGCAGCCACGACGGCCGGUGCAGCGAGGCGGGAAGGCUCCCUCUCCGGCCCUUCGUCGUCGUCGUCGUCCAUGCAGCAGCCGUCGAACCCUGGCGUCGCCGAUCCAUGGGCCGACAAUCCAUGGGGCGGAGGCGGCGGCGGAGGCUAUUAG